AUGCGCCGCUGUCUCGCAUUCUCCAUUGUCCUCGCCGCGGCGUCCCUUUCCAGCACGAAUGCUGUCACGACCGUGAACCUCACACAUACUACGGGGACAUCCUUGAACAAGGCUGCCGCCGCAGAUCGUGCGCGCGCGGCGUUCCUGAGCGGCGGAGCGUCCACGGUCCCUAUCACACAGUACGAUUACAAUGGCUAUCUCGUCACAGUCGACAUUGGCAACCCUCCGACGACGUACAAUCUCGUCCUCGAUACUGGGAGCUCCAACACAUGGGUCGGUGAUUAUACACCCUACGCGAGGACCAACACCAGCUUCCCAACCGGCGAAGCCAUUAACAUCACUUAUGGUAUUGGCUACAUUGGUUAUACACCUUACGCGAGGACCAACACCAGUUUCCCAACUGGCCAAACUCUUAGCAUCACUUAUGGUGGUGCCUCCAUGCUCGGCGACGAAUACUACGACGAGGUGACCAUUGCACCUGGUAUUACAAUCAAGAACCAGUCCAUCGGAGCCGCGACUAAUAUCACUAGCUUUGAGUCGGGCGUGGAUGGCAUCCUUGGCGUUGGACCCGUCGACCUCACUAUGGAUAGCAUUGUCGGCGAACCGAAUACGACCAUACCGACCGUCAUAAAUAAUGCGUAUGCGCAGAAGCUUAUCCCUGAGCAAGUGAUUGCCGUCUCGUUUGUGCCCACAACCUCGAAUGACACAACAAACGGGAUGCUCACCAUCGGGGGCGUUGAUGAAUCACUGUUCAUCGGUCCGCUCUUGUGGACGCCGGUCACUAAAACGCUCUAUGCGGGUGAUUACUUCGGCGUGAAUAUCUCGGCUACGUACGGCUUGGAGACUCUGAUCCCUGCCACCAAUGCAGGGGUCGUCGACACCGGCACCACGCGGGUCGUCGACACCGGCACCACGCUGAUCUAUAUUUUGGACACCUGGUAUGAGACAUACAUCAAAUCGAUCCCGGGCAGCUAUUAUGACGUGAACGUCACCGGGCUAACAGCCAUCCCAGAGGCGGAGGUGCCGUUCCUACAGCCCAUCACUGUCUUCGUGAGUGGGCAGGCGCUGGUGUUUGACGCCGCUGCACAGCUGGUACCGCCCGAGUUGGCGGGUGGCCAGCCCGGAUACAGGUACAGCUAUAUCAUGCCGCUGGGCGAGAUGACCAUGCAGGGACUCGACUUUAUUAUCGGCGAGAAGUUCAUGGAACGCUUCUACACGGCGGAGGUGCCGUUCCUGCAGCCCAUCACUGUCUUCGUGAGUGGGCAGGCGCUGGUGUUCGACGCCGCUGCACAGCUGGUACCGCCCGAGUUGGCGGGUGGCCAGUCCGGAUAUAGGUACAGCUAUAUCCUGCCGCUGGGUAAUAUGGUCAUGCCGGGGUUCAACUUUAUUAUCGGCGAGAAGUUCAUGGAACGCUUCUACACGGUGUUUGACACAGUCAACGAUCGUGUCGGGUUUGGAUACACCACCCACACGUUCAGCUCGGUCUUUUGA